CUAUAUAAACCUUGUUCAUUGUAAUAAAAAAAUCCUUGCAAGAAUCUGUACAGACUCUGUAUAUUCAGAGAAAGAAAACGUCUGGCUUCAAUUUUGGGUGUUCACGGGUUCAUUUAAAGCAUCAAAUAUCCUUCCAUUAUACAAAUAUUUGCUGUAGCUGUGGUCUAAAGCCAGUCGAGCCUCAUCCCCAUAAAGAAAAGUAGCCUAUUUGAUAAAGUGAUAUAAUUGAACAUCAGCGAUCAUAUUUAUCUCUAUUACUCCAAUCUAAGGCUUACAGAAUAACCAAAGCUUAAAAUGUGCUCCUGUUGGACAGUCUGCGGCGUCAAUCAGGGUAAUAAAGACACAACAGACAUAACACAGGCGAAGCAAAAUGACUUCUUACAGCAACUAAAUACACUAUUGGCUAUAUCGUUCACAUUAUAUGGAGACAGAGGAGUUUUCUAGCGGGACCAGCUGCGCUUUUACGCACUCUGUCUCCAGCCCUCACACUCAGCGCGCUUUUUACGCACACUGGAUAUUUGACUCCUCAGUCCUCGGCAUGAUGUCAAACGUCAGAAACCCAAAUUAUUCUAUAGGAAGAGGCUGUGUGUCAUUCAUUUUGGGCUCUUGAGAGGACCAGCUUGUUUCUCGUCGGGAGGAAGAGACAACCAAUGGUUUCUGCGGAAUUUGUUUAGGUUUUCUUUUCCGAUUCCGCUUCAGUUACUGUAGGUCUGUAAAUGAAAAAAAGAGUUUAUAACUUUAGGAUUUACUUGAAAAACGUCGGUGUCUUUGGAUAUCUCUGUCAGGGAUAAAUUAACGCAGAUUAUGGCUUUUUCGUCUCUCUACGCGCUGUGCGUGUGGAUAAGUUUAGUCUGUCCUUCGCUAGGAACCGGGUUCGUUUAUCAUUUUCCAGGCAUCACUGUGCAGCGGCAGCGCAUCAAGUCGGAACAGAGCGGCAGCACGGGACCACCGGGCACCGGGUCCCGCACCCAACUCAGGAACUGGUGCCAGUACACUGUUUCCAGAACAGUGUCCUGUCAGGUGCAGAAUGGGACAGAAACGUCAGUGCAGAGAGUGUUUCAGGGCUGCCGGUGGCCCGGACCCUGCACCAAAGUCAUCAGCUACAGGACAGUGAUCCGGCCGUCCUUCAAGCUCGCCUACAAGCAAGUCACUGCGCUGGAGUGGAGAUGCUGCCCAGGAUUUGUGGGAGAAGAGUGUCGAGAAGAGUGUUUAAACUGCACCAGUUUCAGUGACAUGAACAGCAGAAUAGAUGCCAUUGAAUCAAAGAUCAAACUGCUAGAAGAAGGACGCUUAUCUCUGCAGAUAGUCGGUGGUUUACAGGAGGGCUCAACGGAAAAUGAGGUGGAAACACCCCAACCCACUCCUAUCGGACCGCCAUCGAACCUGCCACCAGGAGGCAGAGGGCCUCCAGGACCUGUUGGACCACCAGGCCUUCCAGGUUCUGCUGGACCACAAGGUCCAGCUGGAAGAGCAGGCAUUCCUGGACCCAUCGGACCAAAGGGGGACAGAGGUCUACCAGGAGAGGUGGGUCUCCCCGGUCCUCCCGGUCCACCAGGUCCUCCAGGGCCGAGCUCUUUUCCUGGCCAAAUCCGGGGUGACGUUUUUCAUGUGGACCAUCAAGAGGAACACCCGGUCCAUCCAGUUCUUUCUGUUCCUCAGACUGUAGUCGGUCCUCCUGGUCCAACCGGUCCUGUCGGCCCCUCAGGCGCCCCGGGAGCGAGAGGACCUGCAGGGAUACCAGGUCUGCCAGGACAAGAUGGCAAAGAAGGUCUCCAAGGCCAGGCUGGUGAUCCUGGGCCUAAAGGAGAUCCAGGGGAAAGGGGGCCCCCAGGUGUAGCGGGCGAGCUGGGCCUACCUGGAGCGCCAGGGCCUAAAGGAGAGCCAGGAGAGGGCCUUGAACGAGGUGAGAUUAUAAGAACAUUUGUCUCAGGGAGCUCUGAAGAUCCUGCCGAGAGGGUGCUGAUCCUGGAGCACAUAAUCGGUGUUCAUGAGAACUCUGAGGGAUCAGGAUUUGGCAGCAUUUCAGACCCGCUGUCUUUCUCUGCCCUGAAGAUCAAACGCCUUCAGCCUGUUCAAACCUCACUUCAAACUCCAGUGCUGGGCGAGAGACAGCGACGAGUCGCCCUUUAAGAGUAUAGUCUAGUUUUUCCAUUUGUGUUUAUAAUUGUGAAGGAUGUUGCAAUUUUUGAGUAACUGGACGUGCGAUUUUUGUUCAUGUAUUUUGUCUUUAUACCUUUAUUUUUUUGAAGUUAUUGUUGUAUAAUUAUCUUCUUUGACACAAACAAAUACUGUUGUAAAAAUGGAGUUCUUUGCAGACAUGAGAUGUUGAGCAUUUCGUCCAUAUGAAAGGCUUCUUUUGUGCCCUUUUCACCGUGUUGCUGCAUGAUUCUAGUCUACAUAACAUGGUGUACAAAGAAAUAUCGUCUCAUAAAGUGUUAUGAAGGUUUUGGCAUCUUUCCUUCCUCACAUAAAAGAUAGCCUCGUAAAGGCGUCAAUUUCCUUGGCUGAUGUUGCAAAGCUCAGAGAUCCUGAGAGCUGGACCGAAAUUGUAGUAUUUAGUGUCAAACACAUUCUUGGAAUGACCUGGAGGUUCAUCUUGUGUGCUGUCAGACAUAUUUCUUCCUCCUCUCUUCUCUCUGUCUCUCUGUGUGCUCUGCCUUAUUAAUACUGAGGUAAGACAUGACAAACUGCCAAGAAUAUCUGCUUAAAACAAAGUAUGGUGAAAGAAUAGCAUCUGGUGGGUGCACAUCUGGGAAGCAAAAGGAAGGAGAUACUGAAACAGUUGAAUUUUGGCCUGGAAACCAUAAACUCUGCUCGGCCGGCCCUGUGCACCUUCAUGCAAACGGCUGAGAGAGCACUGAACUUGACAGGAUUACAUUGACUUCUUCAUAAACUGCCUCUGAGAUGUCUUUCUAAGCUGAUAUGAUUAUUGUAUAAUAAGUCUCUGAGAGACCCAGCUGUUGGUUUCUGAAUAAAGCUCCGUCUGGUGCAAUCUUUGUUUACUUAGUGACUUCGUAUAUAAAUGGCAUUUUGUAAAAUGAGCUGACUCGGCUUCUUGCUGGGAGUUAAAGAGAAGAUCAAUGCCGCUCUUCCGUCUGCUCACCAUAGGUAAAAAGCACUGGUGACAACACUGAUGUUGUAUCAAUCAGACAAUAAUUAUCAGUAGGUAUCUGAGGAAAUGUUAAUCUCAAACUGAAAAAGAAUUCAGAGCAGGGCAUUUUAAGUUUCUUCCUCCUUGUUAAGAGAAACAGAAAUGUCAAUCAACUUGUAAACCUCAGCUUUGCUUGCUGAUGUCUAAAUAAAGACCAUUAUAAACACCA